AUGACGUCUAUCCUCGAUAUUCCUGGCUCCACCCCGCCAAACCGCUUCUGCUCCCUCGUCCAAGAAGCUCUGACAUCAAGAGACUACCCUUUGCUCUUCGGUCACUCGGUGGAAAAAAUCAUCGACGCCAUCGCCGCAACUUACGAUGCCGAUCAAGCAAUAUGGGAGCUCUGGGACGCCUUCUUCAUUGCCGUCACGUCUUGUCCGCCACCAUACGACUCUUAUAUCGCUCUUCUAGACGCCAUUCGCGCGCAGCCGCCCUCGAAGCCCAAAGUUCUACGGUUGUGCCGGGAAGCUAAACGCGAUGGUCAACUACACUGGUCGGAGUUACCUGGCUUUGAUAUGUACUGGGGAGAUGCGCAUUCUAUCCUCCUAGGACGACGCAACUGGAAUGGUAUACGCGAUCCAGGCACCGAAGAAGAUCCAUUUGGCAGCAGGAUGAGGAUUAGACCCGACCAGCUAUACCUCCGCAUGUGCAUCUUCUCAGCGACACUGAUGAAACAUGGCCGACAGACAGGUGUGGGCUAUCCUAUGACGGUUUUUUACGCGUGUCGAUACGCACUCGAACGAGUACACGAAGCACCUCCGGAGCUUGACUCGAACUUGCACAGCAUACCGCUCGAGCAGGUACGGGCGCUGGAUAUUCGGGUCGCGGCGAUAUGGCUACGGGACGGAGGCUGGACGCUCUGGAAUGCUGAUCACGAGGUGCUACGAGAGCACUUUGCGGUGCCACUGGAUGACGAGACGGAGCUGUGGCCGAGUCAGGAUGGAUUGACACCAGAGCGGUGGGGGUUGUGGGAGAAGAGGCUGUGGGAUCUGAGCACGGACGAGGAUAAAUUGGACGAAGAGACCAGGGCCGUGGUCAAGGAGGCGUAUGAAGUGGUUGAAGGGAUUUUAGAUUCUGGAGAGUGA